CCUAUAUUGCCCAGCAUGACGAAUUCGUCAUGUAACUUUCUAUUGACUCAGCACUGGAGAGAAUUGCUGUAGUUGUUUCUGUGGCAGGUCUGACAAAUUAGUCUAGUCUCCCUCUUUAAAAAAAUAACACUUGGUAACUGAUUGGCUCUGCAUUUGGGCGCCAAACCUCAGUCAGCUGAUGGACACAAAACAAGAUGAGAAGGUGAAGAGUUUCUCCUCACAUUUUCGAUCAUGGAUGAGUUAUUAGGUAUGUGAAUGGUCCUUUAUAUUUUUUUUCUGAAUCACAAAUAGUUCUAGAUGAUUAGAAAUAAUUUGGUUUAUCGUUUUGUGUUGAAACUAUGAUUUCUUGAGCAAUUAUAUAAUGGUGACGAAUUCGUCAUAUUAGUCACAUGGAUACUGACAUGUGAUAUGUGAGGAUAUGAUUCCUGAUAACAGGGGAUGUAGUGUGUUUAUAUAGUCUUACCUGUGGGCCAGGUUACGAGUCCUGUUCAGUUUCUUUUUAUUUUAUAAUAGUUUACGCUCAAACUUAUCCGUUUUCUUUGAUAUAUUUAUAAUUAUGUAAUGGUACACUGAAGUAGGAAUGUAGUGAGUUUUCUUGUAUGAUUUGUUCCUAGUGUUAUCGUUUCUGCUUAUAUUUCCAGGAAUAAAUGCAUCGCUGUUUUACACAAGAGUCAGAAACAGGGAGCUAUGUAGAGAAAACACGGGAAUUGUGCCAAUUGAACAAGAUAAUGGGCUUAGUGAUGAAUCUUCAGACGAGUCUGAUGGGGACAUGGGUGAUGCUGAAUUCGAGUCACCUGAGACAGGUGACAUCGAUCUCGAUGCAGCAGGUGGAGAAAGAGAUCAAGCCAUGCCAGAAGACAGGAUUGGUAAUGAAAGCAUCACUGACGAGACUAUUGUUCUGCAAGUUGAAGAUUUAGAGGUUAUUCAGGAUCCUUCUACUCUUCCACCAACUUCCUCACACACUACGGGCACUAGAGCACAAGCAUCCAAGCCCUCAAGACGCCUGCUGUGGAACAAAGUAUCAGACGGAUCCCCUUCUCCAAUGCCAACAUUCAUCCCUAGUGAUGCUGAAGUCUCAAACAAUAGUGACUCUGAUACAUAUUUAGGAAACCCAGUAUGGUAUUUCAAAAAGUUUUUCACACCAGAAUUCUUAGAUAGUAUAGUCUACCAGUCUAAUCUCUAUGCUUCACAAAAAAAUGUAAACAAACCACUCAACCUUACUAGGGAUGAGCUGGAGCAAUGGCUUGGAUUACUCAUUCAUUUCACCAUAAUCAGAACUCCCCAAACACGCUUGCACUGGUCUGGAGAACUAUUUGGAAGGUAUAGAGACUAUACAGCAAUGGUCAUGAGCAGAAACAGGUGGGAGACUAUAAAAUCAAACUUACAUAUUCGGGAUAAUAAUGAUGAUAUAAACAAUGACAAGCUUUUCAAAGUCAGACCAAUGUUAGAUCAUUUGAGGAAGGAGUUUCAGAAACUUCCCAUGCAACAAAAUAUCUGCAUUGAUGAGCAGAUGGUGCCCUUCAAAGGAAGGCAUCAGCUGAAGCAGUACCUUCCUAUGAAGCCCAAGAAAUGGGGCUUCAAGAUCUUUGUACUUGCAGACAGUGGGGGUCUCAUUCAUGACUUCAUUCCUUACACAGGCUCUAUUCAACCUUUGAAUAAAAAAGGUAUUCCAGACCUUGGUGCAUCUUCAAACAUAGUGUUGCACUUGGCUGAGACAAUACGAAACAAUAGCAACCAUGUCCUUUAUUUUGACAAUUGGUUCACUUCAGCUCCACUUGUAAAACAUCUGGCUGAUAGAGGCAUCUGGUGUUGUGGGACAGUUAGGCCAUGCCGGCUUCCAGGGCUAAAAUUAUCUUCAGAUGCUGACAUGAAGAAGAAAGGUAGAGGCACACAUGAGGAAUGGAAGUCGUCUGGUGAUGACAGAGAAGUGACAGUAGUCAAAUGGUUGGAUAAUAAAGGCGUGACCUUGCUGUCCACCUUUGCUAACAGUCAUCCAUCUCAUACUGCACAACGGUAUGACAAAACAAUGAAGAAAGUAAUAGAGAUCCCACAACCAAAUAUAGUCAAGUUGUACAACAAGAACAUGGGUGGUGUGGAUCUGGCUGAUUGCCUUCUGUCAUUGUACAGAAUACCAGUGCGAUCGAAGAAGUACUACCAUAAACUUGUUUUUCAUAUGAUUGACAUGACUAUCAAUCAGGCUUGGUUGAUGUAUCGAAGGGACUACGAGAAGAAUAAGAUCCCACUGGAGAAAAGGCAUUCCCUACUCUCUUUCAGGAUGUCUCUUUCUGAGUCACUCAUCAAAGCCGGGAAGUAUGUCCCUAAAAGAGGUCGUCCAUCCUCAAGUCCGACGACGGAUGAUAAACCACAGAAAAAACGCAAACAGUUGAGUCAAGUCAGACCACAGAAUGAUCUGAGACUGGACAAAAUAGGUCAUUUUCCAGAGGUAAAAAAUCCUCGCUUGUACUGCAAGCGACUUGGAUGUAAGGGUCGCACAAACAUCAGGUGCAUCAAAUGCAAUGUCAACUUGUGCCUAAAUGACAAAAAUAAUUGCUUCCUGCAAUUCCACACCUAAGACAAUCUCUCUCUCUCUCUCUCUCUCUCUAAUCUUGAUGAAAAAAAAGGAGAAAUUUUUGUCUUGUUUACAUUAUGGAAACUGAUAAAAUUUGCACAUUUGUGUUUAUUGAGGAUAUAAUUUUAUAUACUAGUUUCUCAUAUUGUCAUGAAAUUAUGCUUUUGUGUUUAUUUUGUAUAACAAAUAUAGUCUCCAAGUAAGAUGUCAGACAAAAAGGUCUUCAAUACAUCAAAAUGUAAUAAAACUGUAUACUGCAUUUGAUGCCAAUAUCCUUUCCCUGGUGACCAACAUGACGAAUUCGUCAUGUGGCUGUAUAAUUGUAUGUGCUGUAGUACUUUCUACAAAAAUAUAUAUAAUCAAUUUACUAGGUCCAUACAAGUCUCAAAACCAAAGGAUAAUUUUUUCUAACCAAGGAAAGUGUUUGUGGUCCAUAUAGGG